AUGGCCUGUUCGGCGGCGCUCGCGGAUACGCGGGCGUCUGGCGCCCACCGCGUGCGGGCGGCAGAGGGGCGUGACAUGCCCGUGGCCGAGGCGCCGGGGAGGGACUUUUUCUUCGAGCGGGGGCGGCGGCUCACGGGCAAGAGGCCCGCUGGUCGUGGCGCGGCGGCGACGCCGCCGGCCCCCGCAGCGCCCGCGGCGCCCGUGCCCGCUCCUGCGGCCGUAGUCGCCCGUCCCCCCGAUCGUGCGGAUACGGUCGGCGACACCGCCACCCCGCUGGCCCCCGGGGCCGCCCGGCGAUCUGCUGAGGCCGAUAUGGCGGCGGGCAUCGAGGUCGGCGACGAGACCGCGGUGCUGGCGCACGCCCUCUACAACAAGAGGCUCUUCCAGAAUGGGGCGGACACGUCCAUCGUAGUCCACUGCACACGGCUUGACAAAAUAGCCUUCACCGAGUCCCUGAGGCCGGCUGCGGCGGCGUCGUCGGCCGAUGGCCCCAACGACGUCCGCACGCUGCCAUUGAAGAGCGGUUCGCGCGGGCGGGACCGCGAGCGGCGAGAGGUGGUCGGCGGACGCGAGGAGGAGCCGUUCGGAGACUCUCCUAUUCCAGGCCCCCGCUCUGUGGUUUGA